AUGAAGUUUCCAAAGAAGCCUGAGACUGCUGAAGUGAAUGUUUCGACUGUUGUCAUCAAACCAGUGGAACCAGUUGAUGAUACUGUAGUUGCAGAGAAAAUUCCUUCCAAAUCUGGUGUUUUUCGAAGAUUGAAGAAUAGGACUAGGGGUUCACGAAAAUCCUCUGAUGGUGUGUUAAAAUCUUCUCCUUCCAACGUUCGUAAACCACAACUUUCUCAUCAAUGGGUCAUUUUUCUUGAGGUUCCAGCUCCAGUUUCGCCUUUGUCAAAGAAACAUAUAGCUGAAGAUGUGGCUAAACAUAUUUUAAAGAAGAAGAAAAUGCAACGAAAGUUGAUUCGACUAUUGGAGAAGGUUGAUCACAAUGAUCAAAAUGAUGAGUUAAGAGUGAAUUCUCUAACUUCGAUGUUUAGAGGGGAGGUGAAAGAAUUUUAG